UUUUCCAAUCAAGGAAGCAUCUUGGUCUGAUACAAUGCUAAAAACACUGUGAGGUCACUGAAAUAUCAUAUAGAAAAUUUUCAGAUUGGAAGCAGUCAGGACCAUAGAGAUAGAAACAGGAGAAGGCAAUUAAAUUAUUAACCAUCCCUCAGAUUUCUUCUAGCAUGAUACACUCCUCUUGGCAAAAUACAGCAUUGAUGCAGCACAGGAUUCCAAACAAACUCAUUUUUUCAUCCUCUUUAUCAGAGACAGAUUUUUUUUUAAUAACUUUCUUUUGAAAUGGCAAGGUCCAGUCCCAAAAGGUUGGGCGCUGAGGUACGGAGAGGUUUUCCAGGAGCCCAGUGACUCCUGCCUGCUUUGGGUGCUGCUUCCUUUAGCUCCUGGCAGCAGCUCCUCAGGGGGUAGCUCUUCCCCGGACGGCUUUCCCUGGGCUUUCACAGCAGGGGGCAAAGGUGCUUGGGGAGGGAGAAUCCUGCCCCUACAGGAUCCCAACCCCCCUCGACACACACACGGUGACGAUUAGUUUCUUAUUUAAGAUGGUAAUUCCUGCAGGCUGGGAGUGGUUCGCUGCCCCCCGCUUUGCGGGUCUCCCCCCUUCUCGGGCUGCCGGGGCGGGGGAGAGGCUCCUGCCGCCGGCCCGAGGAGGGGGAGGAGGAAGAACAGCGUCUGCGGCUUCGCAGGGAAGUCGGUGAGAAAAGACGGACUCGUUUUACUGAGGGAGAGACGCAGCACCGCUUUAUCUCUCUUCACGUGUCUUCUCCCCCUGAUGGGGCUGAGCUGAACAAGCUCUCCUCUUGAAUCCUGUCAUAAGCACCACCGUGCGGGAACCGGGCUGGACUUGCCAGAGGCUGCAGCAACAGUCUGGGCGGCCCUGAGCAGAAGCGACGAGUUCUGCCCUCUUCUCUGGGAUGAUUUAAAGAUAAAAUAAGCUGCUCUCUUAACAACCGGUUUAUCAGUCAUGAAACGAAUUCUUCUGGUUUUUAUCCUGGCUGCUGCUGUUAUGUAUGGUAUCCUGCAUGGAAAUCUGUGGAGAAAUAACUUCUACUGGAUUAGCUUUUAUGGACAGACUUCCUCUGUGAGGGCUUCUCCUUCCUAUGUGACUAGUGGAGUUACAAUCAGUUACAAUGAGCUGCCACCUACGGCUGUAGAGAGGAGGAAUGCAUUGGACACUUGUCUCCUGAAACCAGCAUUUGAAUCUUUACUGGGUGUUGACAAAAUAUACCCGUUCCUGUGCGCUAAUGAUUUUAUCAGAGUGGCAGGAUUCCAAGGGAGCAAUAAGUUUGAAUUACCUUAUGGAAUAAAGAGAGCAGAGCAAUUUUUUCGUUUAGCCCUUUCAAGACUGCAGAACUGUGGCCUUCCCAGUGAAGAAGACAGCAUUGCCUGUCGACGGUGUGUUGUGGUUGGUAAUGGAGGAGUACUUCGAAAUAAGACAUUAGGGGAGAAAAUUGACUCAUAUGAUGUCAUAAUAAGAAUGAAUAAUGGCCCUGUGAUAGGGUACGAAGAGGAUGUUGGGAGGAGGACGACUUUCCGCCUUUCUUACCCGGAAUCCAUCUUCUCAGAUCCCAUCCACUACGACCCUAACACCACUGUUGUUCUCAUUGUCUUCAAACCACGGGACUUGAAGUGGCUUUGGGAGAUACUUGGUGGUCAGAAGAUAAGUGCGAAGGGCUUUUGGAAGAAACCGGCUCUGAAUAUGAUCUACAAAUCGAGUCAAAUCAGGAUUCUUGAUCCCAGCAUCACCAGGAAAACUGCUUAUGAGUGGCUUCAUUUCCCAACAAGGUUUCCUAAGAAGGAGAAACCCAAGCAUCCAACAACGGGGUUAAUUGCCAUUACACUGGCAUUUCACAUAUGCCACGAAGUCCACCUGGCAGGCUUCAAGUACGACUUCACUGACAGAAAUAGUUCUUUGCACUACUAUGGCAAUGAAACCAUGUCUCAGAUGAUGCAGAAUGAAUACCACAACAUCACUGCUGAGCAGAAAUUUUUGAAGAAGCUUAUAGACAAGAACUUUGUGGUCAAUUUGACGUGAAAGCUGAAUGGAAAACACAAAGAACAAUCACUAUUUUCAAGAUUUGAUAAAUUUUUAUUUUUUGUAUGACAUUUUUAUUUUUUAAGUGCAGCAUAACUGUUUACUGUUUAAAGGAGCCCAGAAACCUCAUCAAGGCAAAAGCUUCUAUGCCUGAGGAUAAUGGACUGUUGCAAACAGAGUUAAAUGAAUUUCUGUGAAGCUAUUUAAUAGUGGGAAAACCAUGAAACUUUCAAUUGAAAGUAUCAGGGAUAUAUAAAAACGUGAUGCACAUCACUUACUUACCAGUGAGAACUCUUCUCAAAUGGUUAAUUCUCUGGAAUACUUUUGUUUCUGAUGUUGUCCUCCAAAAGAGUUCCACUGUCAAGAGACUGAGAUGACCAGUGUUCAAUCAGUAGGUGGAUGUAAAGUCAUGAAUAUCUGUCUUGUAUGAAAAUGGCUUUAAAACUAUGCAUCAAAAUCAUUACUGUGAUUGGAGAAGGGGGAACAUAACAGACUGUGCAGGUCUUGUUCUGCCAUACUCCUGAGGAGAGGAUGUCCACCUUCAGCCAAGCAGCCACAGCUUCUGCACUGACCAUCACCUCUGAGCUUCUGUCUGCCUCUGCCGAAGUUGAAGACCCUUGGUCCAAUUUGUGGAGAUGUUGGUGUUGACAUUGCUUGUGUUGUACCCAUUUUAUGGAAAAACCAUACUCCCUGUGCUGUGCAUCCAGUAAAUUCUACACUUGCUGACUUGACUUAAAAAGAGGGAAUAUGAAGACUGAAGAGCUGUCCGAACUUCCUGCGUGUCAGCUCCCAGACCACAGCAGAAACACAAGCUUGGACAAAGAUGUUCAUGCCUGAGUUUAGAGUCAAUGUUUGUUGGAGUCCUAGUUCUCCAUGACAGGAUCUCAUGUAUUUUUUUGUUUGCUCCUCAAAAACAGGUGGAUUUUUCCAAACAAGGACAACCUCCUUCCUCAGAUGCUGUAAUACAUCAAUACAAACAAGGAAUACUCCCAUUUUUGGCAGCAGAGUGUGGUAGGGAGUAUCCAGGAUGUACCUCAGCUGAAUUAUCAUUUGGCAUCUGUUUACCUCUUUUGUCUUGAUAUUUAAGUUUCAAGUGCGUGGCUGAACUAAAUCAUUUAGUAAUGGGAACUUGAUUGACAUUUUAAUUGAAACAUUUAAUGGGAUGUCUGUUUCCUGUAUUGGUUUGUCUCUGACAAGCUUGUGAAUAAAUUAAAUCUUCCUGGGAAGGUGCCUGACAACUGUCAAAGAACAACAGUAUGCUGUUCCAGUUCUCUCACAGGACACCUGUGUAAAGUUUUUAUUUUAAUUAUGGCAGAAUUCCUUGAAGAUCUUGUGGUUAUCUUUAGCAAUCAUACCUUAAGAAGGCAAAAAUAAGUCCACUUAAAAAAAGUCUUUGAAGUUGGUAGGAAUACCAUUGUUGCUUUUAAAUAAAAUUAUAUAGAGGGUACAUUUAGGAAUAAUGCAAACAAUUGCGAUA